AUGUCUUGGUCCCUUAGUGGUUCAUCUCUAAUAGUAGAUCGUUUUUUAAUUAAUGAUACACAAAUUCAAUUAAAAAUUCUUUGUCGUGAACCAUCUGCAAAUGUAAAACAAACUCAAGGUCAAAUAAAAACAAAUUUAAAUAAAGAAUACGAAAAAACAAAAGUUCAAAUAUACGGUCGCAUUGGUCGUAUUGUUGAAUGUUUACCAUUAGAAUCUGGUGCAUCUAUGGCUAUAAAUCGAUUAUUCUCAAAAGAUAAUGAAGAUCCACAAUUUUUUUUACAAUAUUCUUAUGAACUUUCGUGGAAGCAAAUGGAACAAAGAACGUUUCGUAUGGAACAGGUUGAUUGUAAUUAUCCAGAAGAAUUAUAUUUUGAUGAAUAUAGUAAUAUAAGAGGACCAGAAAUCUCAUCAGAAAAAGCUGCAGAAUUAAUAAAACAAUUUUUAAAACAAGGACGUAAACAAAUGACUGCAAAUUCACAAAAUAACAUUCAUUAUCUUCGUACUGCUAAUCAAACGAUAAUAAAAUCAAAUGAUGAACAAUCUCCAUUAGCAUAUAUUUUAAAGAAACGAAACUUAAAUAGAUUACGAACAUGGAAUGAUGGUUAUUAUCUUAUUGAAAUAUUUCCACCAAAUUUUAUUGAUUUAAAUGGAUCUGAACCUGAUGUUGAUAUUAUUGUUACAAUGAAAAAUCGUCAUGGUGGUUAUAUAACAGCUGAUGAAUAUCCAAGAUUAAUUUUUUAUUGUGUUAUGUGUGGUAUCUAUGCUUUAUUUGCUAUAUUAUGGUUUAUUUGGUGCGCAUUCUAUUGGCAUGAAUUACUUAAAAUACAAUUUUUGAUUGGUGGUUUUAUUCUUAUUGGUAUGAUUGAAAAAUUAGCAUUGUUAGUUGAAUUUGAUACUGUUAAUCGACAUGGAUAUAAAGUUCAUUUAACUAUUGUUACAGCUGAAGUACUUUCAUGUUUAAAACGUACUGUGUUACGUAUGCUUGUUAUUAUUAUUGCAGUUGAUUAUGAUAUAGUUAAAUCACGUUUAGGAUCAUUAAAACAAAAAGUACUUGCGAUGAGUAUACUUUAUUUUGCAAUUGCUACAACAGAAGUAAUGCUUCGUUUAAAUACAAAAAAUGGUGAAAUAAAUAUUAAAGUAUUAAUAUCACGUAUACCAUUAGCUAUUGCUGAUAUAAUAAUUUAUUAUUGGAUAUUUACGGGUUUAGUUGAAACAACACGAAUAUUAUAUUUAAAAAAAAAUAUUAUUCAAUUGAAUGUUUAUCAACAUUUUACACAUACAAUUAUAUUUGCUAUUAUUGGAAGUGUAUUAUUUAUGAUUUGGUCAUUAAAAUCAUAUGUUUUCACUACAUGUAUUACCAAUUGGAGAGAAUUUUGGUUUGAUGAUGCAUUUUGGCAUAUACUUGUUUCAUUAAUUCUUCUUGUCAUCAUGUUUUUAUUUCGACCAUCAAAUAAUAAUCAACUUUAUGCUCUUGUUUCUUUACUUGAUCAUUUGGAUAAUGAUAAUGUUCACGAAGAGAAAAUGGAUGGAUUAAAUAAUAUCAAUAAAUCGGAUAUAUUUGAUUCGGUAAUAAUCUAUAAAAUAACAAAUAUUGAAAAUGGUUCAACAUCGAAGAAUGAAAAGCAACAACAAACAUCUUCGAAUCAUGAAACAAAAAUAUCAGUUAGUCGAGCUGAAGCUUCAAAUGAUAAUGAUGUCGUUGAAAAUGCUUUAAUACGAAUAGAAGAUAAUAUUCAAACAUCAAUCUUUGAUCAAGCAAUAGACUGUGAAUAUAAAAUUGUUAAUAACGAAUUAGCACGAUCAACAAUGCAAUAA